AUGGCUACUCUGUCGUACUAUACAACCACACCUGAUGAGGAGAAGUCCUUGAAGAUCUUGGUUGCGAUCAAAGAAGAUGGCGAAGGAGGAAACUCUUACUCGGAGUUCAAGAUGAAAGCGAAAGCGCAUUUAGAUGUGUUGGGACAGUGGAAGUACAUUGAUGGACCUGAUUACAAGCCACCCAGCAUUCCACCCCUUGUCACCACUCAGCAAAUGACCGGUGUCGACGCCAACGGGAAUCCUGCAACUAUCACCAUUGCAGGGAACGAGGAGGCGCAUGCGGCUGCUCUGAGGUCAGCGGAGUCCUGGAUCAAAGGCGACAAACGCACCUUGGCUAUGCUGAUCAACUCCGUACCUGCCAAUCGCGCCAGACUGGUUGGCAAGUCAAAGUCGGCUCGCGAACUCUGGUUUGCUCUUCGCGAGCACUACGAACCGGCCAACGAUGUUCUUGCAAUCAAAAUCAAGCAGCAGAUCUGCAGCUCGAAAUGCGACAACGACCCGGUUGAGUGGCGAGAGAUGAUGGAGGAACUUUACUCCAAGCUCCAGGAGCUGAACCCAGCCCUCAUGUCCGAUGACGAAUAUGCUAGGAACUUGGUCACUCUGAUGUGCAACACUGGAGAGUGGAAGCAUACUCACAGUGAACUGCGCGACGCCAUGAGUGUUGGCACGCUCAACAGUGUUCAGUUCGAUUCGGAGCUCGUCCUCAGGCGUCUUCGCCGCGAAGAGAUCGACCAGGGAAUGGGAGCGCAAGUUGUCCAAAUUAACAACGUUGUGGCAAACCGCACCUGCAAGAGCCAGGCAAACGUUCUCGCUGCCACACACCAGGGAGCGGGGGGAUCGAAGAGCCGUAGGCGCAGCGCAAAUCCACCAGCACGCAACAUCGCAAAACCUUAUCUGCCCAGACGUCCCGACGGUCGUCUGUCGGUGUACUGCGACAACCCUACGUGCGAGUCUCCGGGAGGACACACCAAGGAUCGGUGUUUUGCUUUUGGUGGUGGUCAAGAGGGACAAUACCACCUGAGUAACCGCUACCGAGGCAACCUCUUUGUCCAUCUUCCCCCAGACAAACGUCUUGCAGCUCGCCGGGACGCAGCUAAAGCUGGAAAACCGCUGCGUGCAGGAGAGCGCUUUGCUGGGAUGGUUGACGACACAGCCGACAGUGAGGAUGAGGUGCAGGCCGCGAUGUCAACCGUUGAAGACGAGAUGGCAACAGUGUUCAUGGUCAAUGUGGGAGUACCACCGGACGACGAGGAACCGACCAUCAAUGCCAUCGCUUUCACCGCUCAGCCCGACCAGGUCGACCGAAUCCACCACGACACUGGGGCGACACGCCAUAUCUUCAACAGCCGCGACGCAUUUGAAGAAUUCCAGAAGUUUGACCGUCCUCUUGGUGUGAACGGUUUUGGUACUGGGCAACAAACUGAGGCUGUUGGAAAGGGAAACGUCAAACUAGUGUCAACUGUGGAUGGAAAGCAACACACGUGGACCCUGACCAAUGCCCUUCUGGUUCCGUCUGCCAGAUGCAACCUCAUCUCGUGCUCACAGAUCGAUAAACGCGGCGUAAAGACGGAGACUGGACUUGGUGCCUUGCGCUACUUCGCUCCAACAUCCAGUGGACGAUAUGUCCCGUUUGCGGAAGGGAAGGUGAUGAAUGGGCUGUACGCGCUAAGUGCGGAGGUGGUGAAGAAGGUGGAGGCACGUGAUUCUGAGACGGACCAAUGGAUCGCCGCGAUGAUCCCGUCGACGGCAUCCAUGUUUGGUUCCGCGGACACCCCAGAUGCCAAGCGACGGGGUUUUACCACCGUCUCCUUGGCCAUAUAG